AUGCAUUCACGUGCCUUCCUGGGCCUGUUGGCCUUCGCCGCCGCUGCUUCGGCGUUGCCCAACAAACGCAGUCAACCAGCUUCGGAGUCCUCCAUCCAAAAUCUCAAAGACAAAAUCAAGAACGUUGUCGUGCUUGUCAUGGAGGAUCGUUCGUUGGAUAACCUGUUGGGGGGACAAACGCUGAAGGGUCUGGAGAAUCCAAUUCAAAACGGGCCGUAUUGCAACCCAUACAAUGUGAGCAACCCAGCGGAGGGAACUGUCUGUACAGCAGCCAAGGACUACGAUGAGGUUGCCGACGAUCCAGACCACUCAGUGACUGGAAACAACAUGGAGUUCUACAGCGACUUCACUCCUGAUAACGCUGCAAUUGCAAAUGGAACGUUACUUCCCAAUCAGAAUGGGUUUAUCCAUGAGCAAAUUCGUCUGUAUGGUGCCGAUGCCAAUAGAACUGAGCUGUCCAGACAGGUGAUGAACUAUUAUACCGAGGAACAGGUCCCAGUCCUUACCACUCUGGUCCAAAAUUACCUUACUUUUAACAACUGGCAUUCGGACAUUCCUGGACCUACCAACCCUAACCGCGCUGCCAUUGUCUCUGGAACCUCAUAUGGUCAUGGAGAUAAUGACGACGCCUUCUCCAACCAUGCUUUCCCUCAGAUUUCCAUUUGGCAGGUGUUGAACGAGACCAACCACACCUGGAUCAACUACUGGGAUACCGCUGGAGGGACAGGUCCUGACGCCGGCUACUUUAACUGGACGUAUCAAACCGGCAAUGAUGACAGGAUUGUUGCCCUUGAGAACUUCUACACCGAUGCUGCGGCUGGCUCACUUCCUGAGUUCAGCUACAUUAACCCGUCCUGCUGCGGUGUCGGUUCCAAUUCGAUGCAUCCCACCGGGCUCGUCUCCGAUGGUGAGGAGCUCAUACGUAACGUCUAUAAUUCUCUCCGUGCAAGUCCACAGUGGGAGGAAAGCUUGUUAGUCUUGACUUUUGAUGAAUCUGGUGGAUUCCACGACCACGUGCCACCAGAAUCUGCUAGACGGCCAGAUAACCUCACGUACACCGAGACUGCUCCAAACGGCCAGGAUUACACUUAUCCAUUUGACCGUCUAGGGGGGCGUAUACCAACACUACUCAUCUCUCCCUGGGUUGACAAAGCCUACGUCGAGCAGAAAGGCACUAACUUCAUUGGUGAGACUGUUUCCUACUCGGCCUCGUCCCUUUUGCGCACCUUGGGUUAUCUCUGGGACUUUGAGCCAUUUAAUCCGCGCGUUGAAUACGCUCCCACCUUUGAUCACUUGAUCCAAUCGAGUUCGCGAAAUGAUACCCCUAUCUCUCUUCCCAACGGAACUGCCUUUAGGCGUUAG